AUGAAGCCGCUGCGCACCAGAGGUCGCGGCCCCCUGACGCUUGUGAUAGCGAAUAACACGCCUGAAAACAGGAAACUGUUCCAGCUGACAAGAAUAGGGAACGUGGAGGUGCGAGCCGAGGAACUGAGAAACAAAUCGGCAUACGCGCAAUGUUAUCGCUGCCUCGAACCCGGACACGUCAAAAAGUACUGCCGCAUGCCGGACUAUUGUGUAAAGUGCGGCGAAAACCAUUCCACAGAAUCGUGUGCUCUCAAAGGUGUCCCACACCAAGACUUCACUCCCAAGUGCAAGUUGUGCUCAGGCGCCCACGUAGCCAGCUUUCGCGGCUGCCCAGUGCUCCUGAGUUACGGCGAUCGCGCGCGCGGGAAAGCACAGCAGAAACCACAAAGGAACCCGGCCACGAGUUCCCGCCAGCCGACGGCCACCUCCGCGAACAAAGGAAGGAGAGGUCGUCGCACCCGCCGCGGCAGGGGAAGGAAUGCGGACACGCGAGCUGCACAAGGUCAGUCGCACAAUAGCACCCCUCGCCGCCCUGCCCCGCCUGCUCCUCAUGCCGUCCAGACGUCCACAAGCAAUGGAGGACAAGCUCCACCCAUCGCUGCGCCGCGAGCCCGCAGGCCUCCCACUGCCGGCCCAGCAGCGAGCCAGCAGCAGGUAGCGACGCACGCUGAGCCGCAGCAACGCCAGCUAGCUCCGCCCCCUGCGCCGCAGCCGGGCACCGCGAGCCAACCAGCUCCGCCGGCGCCCGACCCAGCCAGCAUGACCGACUUCCCACGGCCAAGAUGGAGGCAGCCCAACAGCCACAACACAGCCGUCCGCCAUGCUGUCGACAGACAAAAUGGCGCGCACGCCGCACGAGAGCAGGCAGCCCCGCCUCCAGCUCCGCCAGGUAACACCGGCAGCCAACCAGCACCGCCCGCGCCCGCGGCAGCCAGCAUGGCUGACCCGCCGCGUUCAAGAUGGCGGCUGCCGGACAGCCGCGCCGCAGCGCCCCGCCAUGAUGUCGGCACCCGACAAGAUGGCGCGUACCGGCCGCCGGCCGUCCGCCAUGUUGUCGGCCCCAGCGCUGACGACGGACGCAUAGACAGAAUUCUCUGCUGCAUGGAGAAGAUGCUGCAGCAGAUGUCAGAGCUCAUGGCCGUGGUGCAACACGUAGCAUCCGCCAUCAAACCUGCAGUAUCUCAUCAUGCCUGA